AUGACUAAGCAUGGUUGCAGUAAGAUUCCAAAAUCGUCAGAUUAUAAUCUUACUCGCGAGACCAUAGCACAGGCGGAGGACUUUAAGCUACGAACUGUGAAAUUGGACACUUUCCCUGAGGAAACUUCCGUUAGAAUCAUCGGAGGCUCGCCCACUAGCAUCGAAAAAUAUCCCUACACAGUGCAGAUCUUAUACAACAGACAGCUAACAUGCGGUGGUACCCUGCUCACGAGAAGGCAUGUCAUGUCAUCAGCUCACUGCUUUGUUACUUCAUCUGGACAACUGGCUAGUGCUUCUCUGUUUAGUGUACGAGUUGGUUCCACAUACCAGAGCACAGGAGGCUCGCUACAUUCCGUUUCACAGAUAAGAGUUCACGAGCGCUACAACAACCCAUUGCGCGACAACGAUAUCGCGGUGAUGUCGCUUUCAUCCGCAGUUACUCUGAGCGCUAGUGUCGCUCUAGCGUUCAUACCGGAGCAGGGUGCGACGGUACCGGACUCUUCCAAUGUUGUGACCGUAGGAUGGGGACGGACUAGUACGGUCGUCGAAGGGAGUUCAGCAUACCUAAACGAGGUGACAGUUCGGAAGGUGAACCUUCAAACUUGUGCCAGCCGCUACCUGAUGCUGCAGAACAUUUCAGGGGAUCCUUACCCUGUUACUAAUAACAUGAUUUGCGCGGGCUUGCUUGAUGUUGGAGGUAAGGACGCAUGCCAAGGGGACAGCGGGGGCCCUCUGAUAUACCGCGAGGUGGUGGUGGGAGUGACCUCGUGGGGUUACGACUGCGCUCACCCCCUGUUCCCGGGAGUCAGCGCCAGGGUCUCUAGCUAUACAACUUGGCUGAAUAGUACGAUAACGGGAUCUGGAGGAACGAGAAACGACGCUAGUUCUAGUAAAUUAAGUGUUCUAUUUGUAAUUAGUUUAUUUGCUGCCAUAUUUUUAAGUUAUUAAAUAUAUUUUUAAAUAC